ACGACUGGCUGCUGUAAUCUCUGCCUUUGGACAUUCUGAGGCGUGACGUAAGGAUGCAGAAAGACUUGGGAGGCUGCACAAGUGAGCAGUGAAGAUACCUCCAGUGCUCACCUGGAUUUUAAAGCGGGGGAGGACCGCCUGGCGCCUCCCUACGUCUCUGCUUGUUUCCAAUCUGAAGAGAAAAAGCAAAAGAGGGGACUAGAAAAACCAGAGUUUCAACCGUGAGGUUGGUCCAUGAGCCAAUAGUAUAAGUGGGGGUGGUCAAAGAGGGUAUAAAACUCACCUGGAUUCAUCCUACCUCCAAAUUGAGUGUUGAGUCUCAUAGUGCACUUGUUCCUUUAUAAUGCCUUUUAACACCGCUGCAAGCAUGUUCGGAGGUGCCGGUGGAAGAGGCUCCAGGGUGUCGGUCUCUAGCCUGGAGGGUUUGCGUAACGUGCUGCGUAAAGACAACAAUGUCGAGCAGGACUCCAGUGUGGCACUGUCUGCCGGUCCGUCCGCCGGUCAAGCCACAGGUUUGUCCGCUCCCAUGGACGACAAACAGACCCUGCGAGGCCUGAACGACCGUCUGUCCGGAUACCUGGGCAGGGUGAAGCAGCUGGAGAAGGAGAACCAGCAGUUGAAGGAUGAGAUUGAUGAGAUUUUGGUCAAAAGGAAAACACCAGAAGGUCGUGACUGGGAUGAGGUGGAGAAGCCGCUGAUCGAGCUCAAGAAUGAGAUCAAAGUCAUCACCAUGGAUAACGCCAAGCUGCUGCUCCAGAUUGACAACACCAAGCUGGCCAAUGUUGACUUUAUGAACAAGCUGAGUGACGAGACAAAGGUCCGCAAGGCCAUUGAAAACGAUCUGGAGGAGCUGAAGAAGAACAUUGAGGACACCAAGCAGAACAACAAGCAGACGCAGAAGGAAAUUGACCUGGUGAAAGAUGAGCUGGCCAUUCUUGAGGAGGACCACAAAAAUGCCGUAGAUCACCUGCGUGAAAGGAUCAAGACCUCUGAGGUGAACGUAGAGAUUGAAACUCCGAACUCCAAUUUGCCUGAGAUUGUCUACAAUAUCCGCAUGCAGUACGACAAACUAGCCGUGAAGAACCUGAAGGAGACGGAGGACUGGUACCAGAGGAAGUUUGAGAACAUCAAGGUUGAGGAGGUACAGAACACUGAAGAGCUGGAGUCAAGCAAGACGGAGCUCAAAGAUUUGCUCAGGCAGAAAAAAUAUCUGGAGAUCAAGGCUCAGGGUGGGCAGAGCACGAUCCACAAUCUGGAGGACAACCUGAGGUUCACCAAGAUGGAGAACAGUCAACGGCUGGCCCCUCAGAACCAGAUCAUCCUGGAUUUGGAGAAGCAGCUGAAGAAGGUGAGGGCGCACUUGGAGAACCAGAUGGAGAUGAACAAGGACCUGCUGUGUGUGAAGAUGCAGCUGGAGGCUGAAAUCAACAACUACCAACUGCUGAUGUCCGGUGAAGGGGACAGUUUGGAGUUUGCAAUAGAAGAUGCUCUGACGGACGACUGGCAGAAGCCUAAUGAAGAAGCACCCGGAGGUCAGGAAGAAGCCGAGAUGCAAAAAAAGGCUUCAGCUGAAAAAUCUACCUUUUUGAAAGACCCUCAAGUUCCAGCAGAAACCGUGACCGAACACCCCCAAAAACCUGUUAGAAAGAAAAGUCCCAAAACUAAGAAAAGCUCAUCUUCUUCCUCUUCUUCAUCCUCAUCCUCAUCCUCCUCCUCUGACUCUGAAGAGGAAAAAGCCAAGAAUGAAGAGGAAAAAGCUUGA